AUGGCUCCUCGACAAUCGAGAAAGCAUUCCGGUGGGAUAACGGUCGGUCUAGCCGAUUUGGGGCGGACUCUCCCUCAUCUAUGCCCAACACCACUGCCAUCACAAAGCCUAGCGUCACGCAUGGCAUCAUUACCGCCAGCGGCAGCGACUCUACAGGAGAGACCAGUGAAGCAGGCACCGAAGUAUGUGCCUCGAGAGGACGUUCGCAUCCUGCCUCAUCCCCCGAGAGGUCGGGGGCAGGAGUCUGUGGAUUCGCCGGAGCCAGCAGCCCCACGAAUGUCGGGGGAGACUCUAGUCGAGUUGUGGGAUGCUCCUAUUGAGGAGACCUUGCCCGACUCGAAACUGGCCAAGGAGAUCAUAGCCUCUCGAACUAGCCCUGUGUUCAGCCCGAAAAUGGGGCAUGUACGGAUAUUAGCACGACCGCCGCACUCCUCUACAGAGAGUACAACACAGUCUCCUCAGCCGGUGUCAGCCGAGGCUAAAUCUCCCUCAGCUGAAUUAUCAGCACAAGAAGUCAAAUCUACUUCAACUACUAGCGAUUCUGUGGCGAUCGAACAGGGCUCUACGGAGAUGGCUCCGUCAGCGCACGUAUCUUGUGGAGGAGCGAAAGUUCUAGCGAGUCGGAAGUUGCCUGUAACGAGGCUUAAGAGUGACAGAGAUCGGCCACCAGAAGAAAAGCAGACGAAAGCUGAGCUUGAGGAUACAAAUGAGUCGACUUCGACUAAACCUCGACGAAAUCGGAAAGGGAAGGGCAAAGGUGGCGCCAAUCGGCAACAGAGUCGGCAACGCUACAAGCAGUGGAAUUACAGUUCCUACUACUAUUACUACUGAGCGAUAUAUGUUGCUGACAAUUAUGCUGGAGGUCGCAGCAUUUAUAAAUAGGCUUACUACAAUUCAUCGCAUUAUGUCACUCUUGCUUAAUUGUUUUCCCCAUUAU